GAUGUGACAGAUCGCUGGUUUUUCUAACAUCUCGCGAUAUCUGAGGCGAGAGUUCCUCAUCCUUGGUCUAGAAGGGCACACAGAGCCCGGUACAGAGACGUUUCGGCUGGGGAUCCUGUUAUUCACCCGUUAAAACAUGUUGUCGAGGCUGGUGCUCGUUUCAGGUCAUUCCCUGAAAAACAGUGGAUCCUUUGGCGCUUGCCUGGUUCAGGCCUCUCGUUCCUUUCAUCAGUCCUCCCAGAGUCUUGCUCCAGUACCCCCUCUGCCCGAGAAGGGAGGAAAGGUCCGACAUGGCAUCUUUCCGGAGGAGCUUUUCACACUGCUGUACCCCAAGACCGGUGUGACAGGGCCUUAUAUGCUGGGCACCGGUCUGCUCCUCUACAUGCUGUCUAAGGAAAUCUACGUAAUCAAUCACGAGACCUUUGCUGCCGCAUCAAUCGGUGCAGUCGUCAUUUAUGGCAUCAAGAAGUUUGGGCCCAGUGUGGCUGCCUUUGCCGAUAAAAUCAAUGAGGAUAAAGUGGCAAAGGCUCAGGAAGUGAAGGAUCAGGCCAUGGCUAGCCUAGCUCAAGGCAUUGAGGAUGAGAAGAAGGAGCAGUGGAGAGUAGAAGGAAGACACAUGCUCUUUGAUGCCAAGAGGAACAAUGUGGCUAUGCUACUGGAGACCAAUUACAGGGAGCGGCUGCACAUGGUGACCAAUGAGGUGAAGAAAAGGCUGGACUUCCAGGUGGAGCUUCAGAACCUGCACCGCCGCAUGGAGCAGGAGCACAUGGUGAACUGGGUCGAACAGAGCGUCAUUAAGAGCAUCACCCCACAGCAGGAGAAGGAAAGCAUCGCCAAGUGCAUUGCAGAUCUGAAGGUCCUGGCCAAGACCACUCAGGCUCGGGCUACAGUAUAGGUCUCUGUUAACUUCCACACUAAAGCCUCCUGUUUUCAUUCUUAAUGAACCCUUUCCUCGUGAACAUGCCAGUCUGGCAGCGUCGUCAAAAGUGUACAUACCCGUAUUAAAUAAAAGAUUUGGUUAUUCACUAAA